AACUUCACACCGAUCAAUUGAAAUGAAACAAGUAUUUUUUCGGUUUGGCAUCUUCACACUCACGUACAUUUAAAACAGACGACGAUACAAAAAAAGUGCAACGGUAAAACAAUUAGAUAAAUCAAGUGUAAUAUUGCGUUUUAGAGAUAAAGCUACCAAAUUUUAUGGAUUUUUAAAAAAAUAAAUUAGUUUGAAUACUUUUAAACAUUACAUAAACGUUAAAAAUUAUAAAAAAUAUUAAAGAAAUCAGUUAAUUUAAGUAACUAAAAAAAUAAUUGUUUUCCAAAAUGUUUAAAAAACCACCACCACCGGCGCCCGGCAAAGAAAAUGUGAUUGCAUCGUCUCGACCACGUUUAGGCGUAUCGUCAUACAUUCAACAAUCGUCAAAGGUAAAAGUUGAAAGUGAUAUUGAAUCAGCAGGUCUAUCGAUGCAGGGACUUUCGGUUGAAAAUCGUAAAAUUCCACCGAAUUCAGCGAGUACGAUGAAUAAAGCCAUUGUUUCAAGUACAAAAUCACAAUCGACGGUUCGAUCUGUUCCAGUCACAAAUGCAACGAAUCAUUUGAGUAGUGGCCAUGGUUUAAAAUUGACCGUGAAAUCAGAGCAAAAACCUGGUGUAAUGCGUCAAAAUGAAGCUGACACAGCGACAAAACAAACAACUGUACUUAGAUCAAAAGCCGAUGCUAUCAAACAAGAAACAAGCGCAAAGUCUCAAAUCGCACAAAAUUCAAGUGCCGAGAAAAAUGAUGGUAAACAUAGCGAAAUUGAUGCUGCAAUCGGUGCUAAAUCUAAUCAAGAUACGACCAAGAAAAAAGGUGCAUGGGAAUUAUCAAAUUUUGACAUUGGGCGUCCGCUUGGCAGAGGCAAAUUUGGUAAUGUUUAUCUGGCCCGUGAAAAAGACACAAAAUUUGUGGUGGCGCUUAAGGUCUUGUUUAAGAAGCAAAUUCAACGCGACAGUGUGGAGCAUCAAGUGCGCCGAGAAAUCGAAAUACAGUCGCAUCUUCGUCAUCCGAACAUUUUGCGUUUGUACGGUUUUUUUCAUGAUCCAGCAAGAAUUUACUUGAUUUUGGAAUAUGCACCAAAGGGUGCCCUUUACAAAGAACUUCAAAGUCAACCGAACAAGCGAUUUGAUGAACGACGCACAGCCGGCUAUGUUUUAUCAUUGGCCGAUGCAUUGAUCUAUUUGCAUGAGCGUGAUGUUAUUCACAGAGACAUUAAACCGGAGAAUCUGCUAUUGGGUCACAAGGGUGAGUUGAAGAUUGCUGAUUUCGGUUGGUCGGUUCAUGAACCAAAUUCAGCACGAACAACACUUUGCGGUACAGUGGACUAUCUACCACCUGAAAUGAUUUCGGGCCAACCGCAUAACAAACAAGUUGACCUAUGGAGUUUGGGAGUGUUAUGCUACGAACUGCUAAUUGGGGAGCCACCAUUUCAAACUGGAUCGUAUGAUGAGACAUUUCUUAAAAUUACUCACGUAAAGUACAAGGUUCCCGACUUUGUCUCACCCGAUGCUAAGCACUUUAUUUCAAAAUUGUUGGUGGCAAAGCCAGAGCAACGAAUGCCUCUAGCCCAAGUCAAAAUACAUCCAUGGAUUGUAUUGCAUACAUCAAAAUAAAUAGUCAAUGCAAUCUAAUAUAUUAGUAUGUAAUUAUUUUCGUCAAUUAAAUAGAACAAAAAUUAAAAAAAAAAACAAAUUGUCUCAAUGUACGUAGAUUUUUGGGAUUAUUGGUCAUUGGUUAGUUAGGAUUAAUUGCUUGUGAUUAUUAAUACAUAUAUAUUUAAUAUGGAUACAUAUAACUAAUACUAUAACGCAAAUUAUUGAGUCCAAACAAAGUUGCAUCAUAAAAAAAAUCAAAAAAGAAACAUCAAAAUGACUGCGUGUAUUUUUCGUAAAACACGACACAAUUGUUAAUAUAAAAAAUGUGAAUUGUGCUUAAUGUAAGGUGCACAAAUAAUACUACUUUUAAAAAA